AUGUUUCACUACAGUUAAAGCAGUAUAUACAACAUGGCGGCGCUUACAAGUACACAAAUGAACAGGAAUGAUCAUAUGCUACAAAGGAACAAAGGACAUUUUAAAGGGUAACCUUGGCUAGCAGAAGAACAGUUGCAAAACAUGUAGAUUUGUGUUUUUAAUUGAAGGAACCUAGCUAUAUGCAAAUUCACACUUGGAUAUGUGGAAUGUAUGAUAAAUUAUUUUCUCCAACCUGUUUACAUAAGCCACACCAGUUCUAUACACUUUUUGUGAUACUCUUUUAUUUUAGUAUCACAAAACAGUGAAAUGAAGUAUAAAUGUAAUACUUGUGGGUAUUCCUGUCUUCGGAAAGAUAGCCUGAACAGUCACAUGGUUAAACACACUGGAGAGAAGAAAUUUAGUUGUAGAUUGUGUGGUUCUUCAUUUUCAAAAAGUGACGGUCUUAAACAACAUAGGACAGUGCACACUGGUGAGAAAAACUUCACAUGUGACAUAUGUCAUCAUUCAUUUUCGCAAAAAAUUACUCUAAAGACACACAUGACAAUACACACUGGUGAGAAAAACUUUAGAUGUGAAGUAUGUGAUUGUUCAUUUGCGCACUAUUCAGGCCUUAAAUGUCAUUUGACAAUACACACUGGUGAGAAGAAUUACAGAUGUGACUUGUGCCCGCUGUCAUUUUCGCGAAAAGAUAGUCUUAAAUCGCAUAUGAAAGUACACACUGGUAAGAAAAACUUUAAAUGUGAAAUAUGUAAUCAUCCAUUUGCACACUUGACUAGUCUUAAAAGGCAUUUAACAAUACACACUGGUGUGAAACUCUAUAAAUGUGAGAUUUGUUGUCGUUCUUUUACCUGUAGUUAUACUCUGAAAAGACAUAGGACUUUACACAGCGGUGAGAAGAAUUAUAAAUGUGAGAUUUGUGAUCGUGCAUUUGCAUGGAAACACAGUCUUAAAGGACAUAUGACUAUACACACUGGUGAGAGGAAUCAUAAAUGUGACAUAUGUGGUUUUUCAUUUGCACUGUUUAGUAGACUUAAAGCACACAUGGCAAAAGUACACUCUGGUAAUGAAACUUACAAAUGUGAAAUAUGUGACCAUGUAACUUUUAAAAAAAAUAAUCUUAUAAAGCAUAUGAAAAAGCACUAUGGUAAGAAGAUUUUUAACUGUGAAAUAUGUCAUAAUUCAUUUGCAUAUAGAAGUUAUCUUAAAAAACAUAUGGCAGUUCACACUGGUGAGAAGACUUUUAAGUGUGAUACAUGUGAUAGGUCAUUUGUAGACAAAGGUAACCUUAUAAAACACAUUAAAACACACACAUAGAAAACGUACAUUACUUACAGAAAUGUACCUACAUACACAAAGUCUGAAUGAAUUAUAGUGUGUCUUGUGUUUUAGAUUUUAUUAAGGUUGUGUAAAUUAUACAAACGGACAAUAGCCCUCCCGUUCAAAAAUGACAAGGCGGACAAAAGCCCUCCCAUGAAAAUGACAGGGCGGACAAAAACCCUCCCGUAAAAAUGACAGUGCGGACAAAAGCCCUCCCGUGAAAAUGUUCUGGCCGACAAAAGCCCUCCCGUGAAAUUAACAAGAUGGACAAAAGCUCCCCGAAUUAAAUAUACAUGUAUAUGUAUGUUCAAUAUCUGCUAUUUUCCAAUGCACUCAACAUAUUAAAAUUGUUACAUAAAUAUUUGUAGUUUUUUCAAUUGGCCUAAGUUUGUGUAUGAGCUAGAACCACCUUUCAUUCGGAAUAUACUUUUCUGAAAUGUUUAACGAGGUAACUUUUACACGAAUGUCGUUAUAAACAAAGUCACAUUUUAAUCGUAACAAGGCGCAUUAUAAAUGUCUUGGGCUUACAAUUUUAAUCUGUUAAGUGCAUUGAAGAGAAAAAAAUCAUUCAACGUACUUACGUUUUGCCACAGGAGGGCUUUUGUCCGCCCUAUUAUUUUUACGGGAUAGCUUCUGUCCGCCGAUGACUUUCAUGAGAGGGCUUUUGUCCGCCCUGUCAUUUUCAUGAGAGGGCUUAAUUUUUUGUCCGCUCUGUCAUUUCCAUCCGCCUUUUCAUUUUGGACGAGAGGACGUUUGUCCGGAAAGGCUUUUGUCCUCAACUCAUGCUUUGUGUAAUAAUAUGUGUUUGUAAAAAUAAAAGAUAUGCAUGUACACAUG